CAGACACUAAUGAAGAAAACGAUAUAAAAAUAUAACAACAAUGCUGGAGCGCCCUCAUAUGUUAGCCCAUGUACAUUUCCAUGGAGUAACCAAUCCCGCUUUCUGAGGCUGAUGUUUCCAAGCAGAACGGCCCUAGUGCGGAGCUCCGCGGAUUUUGAAGAUGUCUAGCAAGAAAUCAAAGAAGAAGAAACACAAAAAGGAUGAAAGAAUGUCAUCAAGCUCUUUGCGUGAGGAUGAGAAGAAGGAGAGAGGCACAAAGAGAUUCAGCAGCCCAAAGAGCAAACACAAACAUCAUCAUCGGCAUGUAAGAUCUGACAAAGAUGAAGCUAAAGGGAAGAGGGCCAUUGACUCAUCAUCAACAAGAGGAUUUGAUAAAGAAUUAAAGACAGAUGCUGGAGACAGCAAGAGGAAGAAAGAGAGUUCCAGAGAAAGCAAAGCACCUGAGAAUUCCAGGCCAGUUUUAAAGUCACAUGUCACACAUGAUAAAGAGCAAGUGAAUCCCAAAGGGAAGCAUGAAAAUGCAAGCACCCAUGUCUCAGGGAAAAGCUCCAGCAGGUAUGCAGGAUCAAACCAGCCUUCUUCAAAGAAUUUGGAGAAGAAGAGACAGGAGCUAGUUUUGAGGAGAUCUGCACCAGAGGAUCUCUGGCGGACACCUGCAAAGGAUGACUGUUUCCCUGAGAAACUCCAGGAGAAAAGGAGGAAGCCCACGAAGAGGCCAUUGUCACCAGAGUUUCAUGCUGAACCCAAACGAAAAGACGUCAAAAACAUGACCAAUGCAGCACAUGCAGACUGUCAUUCUGAAGUUCAAAGCGAAAUGAGGAAGAAGUUGGUGGGCAGGAGGUCCAUGAAGUUUGACCAAACUGUUUGUGCACAGGGUUCUGGUAGUAAAACAGUGAAUGAAAACUCCAAAGAAGCUUUGCCAGUAGUGAAACAUGUAAAUUCUGGAUCUAAACUGAAAUUAUUAGAAGAUAUUUCACCCAAGAAGCAAGACCAUGUACAGUUGGGUAAUACACCUGGUGUAAUCUCAGGAGAAAAAAAGCCAUCUUUUGGUGGUCCCACAGCAAAAGUCAGUUUUAAGAUCCCAAUGAAGGCUAGUGCUGUUAAAGUUCGGACAAACACGGAUAUGUGUAAUGUUCAUUCUUCAAAUAGCAGUACUCAAUCUUUUACUCAGGUUUCCCUUCUUGGUUCUACUCCAUCUAAACAGAGGCCUCCAGAGGUAUUUUCUCAAGCUUCUCAUAAACCCUCUUCUCUUUGCUCAUCACGUCCUUCAUAUGUAUCUCACCAAGUCCAGCAGAUACACACUGACAAAACAAGAGAGGUCUCGAUGCCAAGCAAUACUUCCUGUGAGGCACAAAAUAUAACUCCCCAAGAAGCUGAAGAGACCUUUGACUGUGACCAUGAGAUGCAGCUGGUGGAGGAGCUUCAUCUGGCGCGUUCUGAGAAGAGACUGGAGGUGAACUUGGUGGAGAACUGUGGAGAGCUCACCUGCAUGGACAUUGACCCUCCAGAGGAGGGUGCCAGCACAAUGCUAAAUCAACAUAAACAGGCCCUCCUCAUAGUCCUGGAUACAAAUGUGCUGCUCAGCCACCUAGAGUUUGUGAAGAAGAUCAGGUCACAUGGUCUUGGUGGAUUAGGGUUUCCCACUUUGCUGAUCCCAUGGGUGGUGCUGCAGGAGCUGGAUUAUCUAAAGAGUGGUAAACUCUCCAGCAAAGUGGAGGACAAAGCCAGGCCAGCUGUCCACUACAUCUACAGCUGCCUGAAAAACCAGGAGCCCAGACUCAUGGGCCAGUCAAUGCAGCAAGCCUCCCAAGCUGUCUGUGGACCUGGUAUUGUAAAUAAUGAUGACCGAGUGCUGCAGUGCUGUCUGCAGUACCAGGCCCAGUGCCCAGAGGGAGUUCUAGUUCUUUGCACCAAUGAUAAGAACUUGUGCAGCAAGGCUCUGCUCAGUGGGGUGAAGGCCCUGAGUAAGGCAGACUUGGAAAAAGAGGUGGAGGGAACAAGAUCUACAAUCUUAAACUACUUUCAUGCUCACCCCGCUGUGCCGCCCCCAGCUGGACCUGUAGAGAAAGAGAAAGAAGGAUCGCAGAAGAAUGGACGGAGCAACGCAGUGGAGGAACGCCAGUUGAGUGAAUGCGUGUCUUUGCUGGAGUCCUGCCUCCAGGGGGCACUGUCUGAGGUGCUGGAGGAGGAGAUGAAGGCAGCUUAUGGAGACCUGUGGACUGAGAUAGUGUACGUGAAGCCUCCAUGGAGUCUGGAGGGGCUGCUCAAGUGUUUUAAGAAGCACUGGAUCGCUGUCUUCGGAAGCAUUAUUAAGAGGAGCCUGCUCAGUUCUGUGGAGAUGCUGAGUGACUGUCUCUGUUCAGACAGGUCCAUAGAGCACGGAUCUGUUCUCAGUGCUGUGAGAUUGGCUGCAGAGCUGCUGUCGGCACUGGCUGCCAGAUCUCAGUACAACGGUCAUGUAGCUCAUGCUCUCUCUACCCUUCAUAUGCUACAGCAAAGACUACAGUCUCCGAAAGCUCCAGUAGAGGAUGAUGACUCUAAUAAUGAGGAUUCUCUAAUGACAGAGAUAGAGGAGGAUGUUGCUCCACCUCCUCUGACAUCCCAUCAGGAAGUAUGGGCAUUGUUUGAGAGCAUCUGGAACAACGUGUGUCAGAUUAGUUCGGCUUUGUUCUCUGCACUCCACUACACUCCAGGAACCACUGAGCCCAGCCUGCGAUCUACCUCACCCCUGCCUCAGGACGCCCUCUCCUGCCUGCAAAGGCUCUCCACUGCUCUGAAACAGCUUCUGGAGGCUCUUCAGAGGCUGUUAUCUGCAGAUAGUAGUGUUCAGGAUGCAGAGUCACUUCUCUCCUUCAUUCAGUCCAGUGAGAUUGCUGCUAUGGAGCCACGUUUCACUGCCAGGGACCUGUUUGAUUGCGUGUCUCAACAGGAAUACCGGGAGAAGCUGUGUGUGGGUGGUGCGCAGCUGUCUGAGCUGUGUGCAAAUCUAGAUCACUGUGCUGCUGCUCUGAGCUCUUGGUCCUGAUUUAACACCCCACUUUCCAUGUUUGGACCCAGCCAACUGUCUACUUACUACUGGUCCAGACUCCUUUGAACCGACCUGGUUGUGGUAGCAGAGUCAUAAUCUGCUGGAACCAAAGCCAUACCAACCUACUGAUCCUCUGUCCUUAUACCAUUCUGUAGCAGAGUCAGUGUGUCAGUCACGUGACCCUGACACAUUAUGCAAAAGCAUCUUGGCAUCAAGGGCUAACAGUCUAUAUAGAGCAGAAUUCAUCAAGUUACACUGUUCUAAUUCAUGUUUUAGUUAUAAGCUUCAAUAUAUUUUUAAUUCUAUUAAAUUAUUUGGAUUAUUUAUUUACCUUACUUUAUAGGUAAUGUGUCCCCUUCUGGGAAAAAUAGACUGUUUUAGUGAUGAUUGAAAAAUUGUUAUAGGUUUGUUGGUGGUUUUGGUGUUUUAUACUGCAUAGAAGAAGGUAGAAAUUCCAUAUGUUAAAUUUCUGAUGUGCUACUUAAAAAAAGUGGUUUCUUUCUGAAGUCCACAAGCUGUUGUGGUAACAGGUUAUUAUGUGUUCAGAGAGAAACAGGUAUUAUUGCUUCAUGACACUGUCUGACAGGACAUUCAGUGCUAUGAGGUUCUCAGUAAUUGGCGAUUGCGACAGUGAGCCACGUGUUGAAAGCUAGUUUUCUUGAGCAUCAGUCUAAGCACCCUUCUGGAAACUAUCCUGAAAUCCAGUCAUUUGUUCCAUGAUUCUAAGAAGGUACAUUUUGUUACAGAAUCAGUUGAUUGCAAUACUUAGACUGUUUAGGUCUGAUAAGCUGCUAUCUUUUCUUAGUCUCAUCAUAAAUCUUUAGUUCUGUCACUGCAUAUGCAAUAUCAGCACCAACAUGAACCUCAGUAGUAUUAUUUCUGACAGAUUUUUUAUUAAUAAUAUUCUCUGAUUUCAUUUGGUCUAAGUUUUGAUAUUGUACUAAUGUAUUAUAUUGUGAAUAGUUCAAAGAGAAUAUAUUUUUUUUUCCUUUACAUCUAUUUGCAUUUUGAUUAAAACAUUUGAUAAUCAA